CUUCCGGUUUGUCUAAAUUUUCUUUGACGAGGAAGAGCGAAAGAUAUUAUUUAUAGUCAAUAGUGUUUAUUCCUGUUUAUGUUUAUUGUCAAAUUGAAUAUGCCCUGAAAAAAAUAUAGCUACUGUUUUCCCCCGUAGACUAUUUCGGAUGUUUAUUGAAUCGCUGUUGGUGUGAAAUAUGGCUGAAGCUAAAGAGGAUGGACCUAACUUUCCUCCUCGAGGAAAAGUGCAAGAAGUAAGAAAACAAUGGUCAGUGCACGAGGAUGGAGCUCUAGCUUACCAGAUGCAAAAUCAAGAAAUUGACCAGCACUAUGGACUUAAUCGUUAUAAUCGCCGAAUGGUACGACAAGAUAUUCCUGUUGCAAAGAUUGUACAAAGUGAAGAAGAAAUAAGGCUUCAAGAAGAGCGUCUGAGGGAAUUAGCUGCUCUAAGAGCCCAGGCUGAGGAAGAUGAGAAGAUUGCCAAGAGAAUAGAGCAACAGUUGAAACAUGAAUCUUCCAGGAAGGAGGUCACUGCUGCCGUUGAUGAUGAGGAACUAGCAAGGCAACUUCAAGAAAAAGAGAAGAAGAGGUAUGAAAGGCACUUGGAGAAGAAGAGAGAGAAAAAACUCAAGCUAGAAAGACAACAGCUGGAGGCACAACUAGCUAGAGACACAGAGGAGGCCAGGCUAGUCCUCAAUUCAGAUGCUGGGAGUGAUCGUGUUGCUGACAGCAUUGAAAACCUCAGCCUGCAAGGCGUGAAUGCCACUAGGUACAGGUCCAGGGUGACCCCUUCAGGUCGUAUAGAGGAUGACGGAGAUUUCAGUGACUUCUACAAUCUGCCGCCUGAGAUGGAUGAGCUGACUAGACUGGAGAUUCAAGCCUGUCAAGAUGAGGAGUUGGCUAGGUUAUUACAAGAACAAGAGCAUAAGAGAACAAAAGCAGAAGUUGAUCAGGACAAACUGCGGAAAAUAGAACAACAAGAUGAGCAGCUGGCCCGGGUGAUGCAGGAACAGGAGAAGCUGAGAUUAAAGAAGGCUAAGCUGAAACAUCAACAGAAGAAGGAAGCUCAGAGGAAGCAAUCUGCAGAGUCUCUGCCCCUUGGAGCUUCUGCCAAUACAUUCAACCAGCUGCGUCUGCAAGAAUCUCCUCCAGUCGGAGCCUCAGCUUCUGUCACAGUCAGCAACAGCAGCGGGGGUCACAAUCGUUACCGCAGGAAUAGCUACACACAAGCAUUUGACACGCCCCCAUCCCCACCCCAAACUCAACCCCCAGCCCAGCUCUCUUCUGGCAAAAGUAAUCAAAACACUAGCAGACACGCUUCAGCCCAGAGCACUGUGUCUGCCCCAGGUUCAGUCCACAAUCAACAGCAGUACAUCAAGGCCCAGCAACAGAUGGCGCCACCACUUGCCUCGCCUCAGUCCAGUCCCAGGUCAGCUUACAUAGGCCCUGGUGGCGGCAUGUCCACUUUAGAGUCGGCCAGGCGCAUCGCUGCAGGUGAUCCUGAGAGAAUCCUAGCCCUUCAGAACUCAGCACAGCAGAAUGUUAUAAACGUACAGAAAGAAAGAGCCGGGGCGCAGAUGGAGCGCACGGCCCAGCGGGAUAUUUCUGGCAAUACCAUGGAUAUUAUCCGCGCCCACAGUCACCAAGGCAACCCGUCUUGGCCCGUUGGUUCCAGCGUGGACCCACGACGGGUACAGCAGACCCCAGCGUACGCGCUGGGUCCAGAGCUGAGGGACUCUGAUGAUACAGAGGUUCUCAAAUGGUUAUCCUCACAAGAGGGGGGUGCUGCAGGUCACCAGGUUAAAGGUCAGCCGCACCAGUACCAACCCCAGCAGAGAAGGUCAGGAUCUGGAAGUUAUUACAGUGAUGAAGAGGAUGACCCGCCCUGUGGGUCCUAUCCUAAUGGCUCCGCAGGGUUUAAUAUCGCUGCUGCUAUUGACCCCACCUAUAAGAGAAGGUACCCAGAUGCAGCCUUCACUGAGGAGACACAGCUCAAAACUCAUAUACCUUUUUCACGGUCUUUACCUCAAGCGGACGGAGAGCUAGAAUGGGACCCUGGGCUCCGGGGAAGUUUAAGAAAAACUAAAGCACCAUUACACGGCUACCAAGAUCCUUCAGGGGGUGGAUCGAUAGGUCAAGCCAAUAUUUUAGGGGCGGAGCCUGUUAUGUCUGUGUGGCAGCCAGUUCAAGGUCAGCGGCGAACAGACGGCAAAAUCCGCAACAAGUCACGCAAACAAAACUCAGCAGGUGGUGAUAAGAAGGACAAAGGUAACUGCAAACAGCAAUAGCCAACAUUGCAAUACACUCUGCCAUGGUAAAGCCAGCAGCCAUUUUUUCACUCAAGCAGAUGCUACAAACUGUCUCUGAAAAUUAUUUAUCAACCUGCAAAAUUGUAAAAAUCACAUUUAUUCUCAUGUGUUAUGUCUAUUUAUAAAUGUAUAUUGUAUAUAAAUUAUUCACUUACAUAUAGCUAUUUUAUUUUUUGGUUUUGUUGUGAAAAAACUACUUCCUUGAUGCGAGUUGUUGGCGGGGUAUGUGCUAGCUAUUCAGUUCAUGACAGAUAUGGGCAGGGAUAUUUGUCUGAUGUCAUAUGAAUUCAUUUCUGUGAUUUUAUCCUAAUGUAUACUUUAUACUUGAUAUGUAAUGAUUUUUUUAAAUCUUGUAUUUUUUAAAAUAUAGAUCUUAAGGCCACAGGUUCACUGUUACAUUAAUAAUUGUAAUGUUCAUCGAUCAAGUUAGUUUUGAUUUUUUACUAUUUUUGACAACAUAUGAUAAGAAUAAUAUACAUUUUUUCAUAUUGUUGCUUUGUUCUAGGCCAAGUAGUUUUUUAUUCCACAAAUAUAUUCAUCACACUAAACCUUUUAUUGCAUUGAAUUUAUUUUUUACAUUUAUCACCUCUAAAAAUUGUAUCUGAAGUAUUUAAUAAAAAAUUUAAAUAACUUCAUUUAGAAACAGAAUUAGGUGUUGGGAACAUUUAUGGUCAGUUUGGGUCAGAUUGUCAAUGAGUCAUAUUUAAAAAAAUUUAUU